AUGCAGGCAGCAACAGCGCGGGACAACAUGAACAGGAUCUGGACCCUCAUUUUGUCUCUUGCUGGUUGGACACAGGGUUCAUCCAGUACGACCGUGUUUCUGAUCUCAGCUCCAGAGGUGCUGCGUGCUGGGACAGCCGCUCCGCUGGCUGUCACUGUUCACGCCAACUUCUCCAGCAGAGUGACAGCUGAGGUGGCACAUGGCGACUUCAAAGUAGCUCAAACAGAAGAUUUCAAAGGAGGUUUAACCAGUGUCCUCACUCUUCCUGCUCUUCCUGGCUCUAUAUCACAGAAUUCCCUCCUAAACCUGACGGUGCGGGGCUACAAGGAGAACGUCCUGAUUUUCACCAACACCACCACCGUCAGCUUCAACCUCAGGAAUGUCUCUUCCUUCAUCCAGACGGACCGAGCACGAUACAAACCAGGAGACACAGUCAAAGUUCGAGUCAUGUCUGUCCAGCUGGAUAACCGUCCCUACAAAGGCAGGAUGGGAAUUUCUUUCCAGGAUCCCAGCGGGAGAGUUGUUGACAGAACGGAGUCCACCGGGAAUCUGGGGAUGGUCUUACAUGAAUUCCCUUUAUCUGAGACGUGUCCUCUUGGACACUGGAAGAUCACAAUACCAGUAAAUGGCAGGACUGAUGAAAAAACGUUCAUCGUGGAACAUCAUGAGGAUGCUCACUUCAACGUGCUGGUCAAGACGUCUCCACAAGUCCUCAUCGGGGAGGACAUCUCAGGAUCAGUGAGAGCUCUUUACCCCAGCGGACAGCCUGUACUCGGAACAUUAGUAAUUAAUGCCACUCUGAAGCCCGAUGUCAACAACGCAGCCUCAUCAUUCCUGCUAACACAAACUAAGGAGAUCCAGGGUUCGACGCAGUUUUUCUUCAGCGAAGAUCAUCUCCAGGCUCUGCUCACUUCAGCAGUAAUUAGCAGCAAAGGUCACGUUGUUGUAAACAUUGCUGCCUGUGUUAAUGACACCUCCACGGGGUUUGAAAUGAACAAAACAGUUGAAGUCCACAUCAUGCAGGAAAGGUACCAGCUUAUGUUCCUUGAUAUUCCACCGUCAUUAAAGCCAUCCUUGAACUUUUCUGCAAACCUUAGGAUAAGUAGAUAUGACCGAAGGCCUCUCAGCUCGGGGGAUCUCAUGCACCCCGCUGUGGUUGAGGUCACUCAGAGAGCCUCUUUGAGUAAUACAGAACCCACGACUCUCACGCUUCCUGUGCCCAAGGAUGGACACGUCCUAAUUCAGUUGAAAUUGCAGAAUCAAAUAGCAGUGCUUUUUAUCAGGGCCACAUUCCAGUCAAGCGAGGAGACCCUCGCUGUCUACACCAACUACUCCUCCCCUAGUGGCUCAUAUAUUCAGAUCUCGCCAGUCAACAAAUUACCUGCAAAGAUUGGAUUCCCCCUUCAGCUCCAUGUGGAGAGCACUUUCAACCUGGUGACACUUCACUUUGUGGUGAGCUCUAAUGGUCAGGUGGUGGCUGCUGGAACCAAAAACUCCUCCACUUUCUCUGUGACCCCAGCGCCGUCCUGGUCCCCUCAGGCCUGUGUCACCGUCUACUGCAUCCUCUCUGACGGAGAGCUCGUCAGCGACACGGUGCACAUACCUCUCCAUCCACGCAACCUUGUGACUCUAAACUGGAGCAGCGAGGUGGCCCGCCCGGGCGAGAACGUAUCACUCACUGUGGCUGCCAGUGAAUCCAGGUUUCGGGUAGCAAUUGUGGUUAUGGGGACUAGUGAUGAUGCCCCGAUGUCUGACCUGGACGUCACAGACUCACAGGAAUGUCAUCUUAAAAUGCUGACGAAUGCAAGACAGUAUAAGAAGCAGCAGCCAGCAGGACCUACAAAUGAUGAAUCUCUUCCAGACAAAGCAAGACGUGAUCUCAUGGUAGAGACGUACUGGAGCCACUGGCCAGACACCGCUGAAUCCCUGCUGUGGUUGGAUGCUGACAUUAGUGAUAAGAUAUGGACCAGUGGGGAAAUAACAGUGCCGGAUGGUGUGACUUCUUUGAGAGCCGUGGCUGUAGUGAUGUCAGAGAACCUGGGUUUGACCUUCACUGCGGUGCCACAAAAGCUGACCGUCUCCAAAGACUUCUCCUUGUCCCUCGCCGUCCCUCCACACCUCAUCAGAGGAGAGGAGAUUGUCCUGGAGAUAAAAGUCAUCAACCAUUUAGAGCAUGACAUCGAGGUCAUUGUGCUUUUAGCUCAAAGUGAGGCUUUCAACUUUGUUUUGAUGGACCGAAAGGACGUGUCUGUAAUAAAUGCCCAGAAACUCACCAUUGGGAGUCAUGCCUCUGCAUCAGCCCUGUUUCCCAUCAGGCCUUUGGCCCUGGGCGAGAUGGAAAUAUCUGUGGACGCCGUAUCUGCAGAAGCCUCAGACGCACUUGUGCGGAGAGUAUUGGUGAAGCCUGAAGGAGUUGAACAGUCCUUCUCACAAACUCUGUUUCUGGAACUGGCGCCAGAGAAGAACAACAAUUCCAAGUCCAUCUCCAUCUCCUUCCCACCUCGUGUGGUACCGGGCACUCACAGGGCCCAUGUGGCUUUGGUUGGUGAUAUCUUGGCCUUGUCCAUCCACAACUUGGACUCGCUGGUCCAGGUCCCUGUAGGGUGUGGGGAGCAGAACAUGAUCCACUUUGCUCCAAGUGUUUCUGUUCUUCAGUAUCUGGAGAUGUCAACACAGGACGACAAGGAGAUCAGGAGCAAAGCUCUGCGCUACAUGAAGGAAGGGUAUCAGAAACAGCUCUCCUACCAACGAGGUGACGGCUCCUUCAGUGCUUUUGGGAUGAGCGACCCUUCUGGUAGCACGUGGCUGACGGCCUUUGUGCUGCGGUGCUUCCUCCAGGCCCGGCCCUACACCCAGGUAGACCCGAGGGUCCUGAGAGCGGCCGUGGCUUGGCUGCUGAAGCGGCAGGGCCCUGCGGGGGAAUUCAGCGAGGUGGGCAGACUCAUCCACACGGAGAUGCAGGGAGGGCUGGAUGACAGCCCUGUGGCUCUCACUGCGUUUGUGCUUCUGGCUUUCCUGGAGGACGAGGCCUAUUCGGAAAUGUAUGAAAGCAAUGUGUCUCUGGCCCUGAGAUACCUGGAAAGCAAAGUGGCUGAUGGUGUGGUCAGUAAUUACAGCCUGUGUCUGGUGGCUUACGCUUUAUCUCUGGGCAACAGUCCCGUAGCUGGCAGAGCGCUCACUGAGCUCAGCAUGAGAGCUGACUUUAGAGAUGGGGUCAUGAUGUGGGCAUCCUCUGCUGGCCUGGAGUCACGUGACGGGCAGCCGCGCUCGGCGCAGAUCGAGAUGACCUCCUACGUGCUGCUGGCUCGCUUCAAGCUUGGCAGCAUCUUUGAUGAGAUUGCACUUAUGAAGUGGUUAAGUGCACAGAGGAGCCAUCUAGGAGGCUUCGGGACAACUCAGGACACAGUAAUUGCUCUACAGGCUCUGGCCUAUUACGCAGCGUUCAGCGGCGCCAAUGCCAUCGACCUCAGGUUCAAUAUAUCGUCGCCAGCAUCUUCAUUCGUGUCACUGUUUCACAUCAACUCCACCAACUAUAGGAUGUAUCAUAGCCAAGAGAUCAAUGCUGACAGAGACUUACCUUUAAAUAUAUACUUUGAAGGAAGAGGAUUUGCUUUGUUUCAGCUGAAUGUCUUUUACAAUGUGGAGAGCGAAGCGUUUUCACAAACCCUCCGGCACACACCAGACGAGGAAGCCUUCUCGUUAGAGGUCGACCUCACUGAUGACGGUGACGGCGGUCACGUGCUGUUGUCUGUAUGCACGAGGUUAAAAGACGAUCAGCCCGUAGCUCUUACCGGCAUGGUGAUACUGGAAGUGGGCCUGCUCAGCGGCUUUACUCUGGUGCCUGGAGCUGCUGUCCAGGGAGAUCUUAUCAGGGAGGUGGAGACAAAGCCUGAACGGGUCAACCUCUACCUGGAAUCGCUUACCAAGGCAGAGUUCUGCAUCAGACUUCCUACCGUCAGAAAUUACAAAGUGGCUCAUGUACAGGAUGCCACGGUGCGGGUUUAUGACUACUAUGAACCCACAAGGAGAACAACUGCCACGUACAACUCAGACUUUCUUCACAACACGGAGUCCUGCUUCUUCUGUGGGGACAACUGUGAUCUCUGCAGGCCGGGAAUCACCAUCACAAAGACCUUCCCGUUGUCGGAUCAGACCGUUAGCAGCACUUCUUCCAGCUUGAGCUGCCUGUUUCUUGGAGUCGCCGUUCUUCUUAUCCUGGUGUGAUAAGAUUAUUUUAUAUAAAACGUCGUGAAGAAUCAUUAUAAAUCGUGGGAGCCGUUUUCCUUUAUCUUCCUUUAAAUUGACUUUUUUAGUCCAGCUUUAUGAAAUUAUAUAGCGUCUCAAAAACAAAGAUCAUCCCUACAAAUCAUCGUUGUGGUUAAUGUCUUACUUGUGAGUUGGAAAAGUCUAACUUGAUUGAACCAGAUCCAACAGAGUUAUAAUGUAAAUAAGCUUGGAGGGUGUGCUUUUGAUUUGAUCUGGAGUGAGAUAAAGCCCAUCUAGUCGUAUUACUGCGAUCCAGAGGAAUGCAUCCUGCCCCACCGAAGUGUGGAGCGUGAACAAACACAUGGAAAUCAUCUCCACGUGUAACAGGGUUUGAUAUCACCGACGUUAUCGUGAAAUGUGAAUGUUAUUGUUAGAUUUUAUCCUGCUUUGUUCAGUCCGGGGCACAUUUUAGCAGCAGGGGACCAUAAUGCUCAAUUUUUUUUAACUAUGUUUUCCCGUCCGGAUCUUGAAAAUGGAAAUAUGUUUUAAACAUCAACGCCGUCUGUCAUCAGCAGCUGGAGGUUUGCACCGCAGCUGAAUGUGAACUACAACAUCUUUGGAGGAAAAGAACACUUGACUUCUUUUCUUUGUAUAAAUACACAGUCUUGAUCUUUCGUUUUACUGGCAAUGGAUGUCUGGUUUUUAUGUGUUACAUGUUUUAUAGGCUCUUUGGCAAAGUAGUUUCCUUCUAGGGACAAUAAAACAUUUUGUCCAUGAGCAAAAGCAGACAUGGGAAGGAGGAUUGUAGGUGUUACUCAGCAAGCAAAACAAUAUUCCCACAAACAUGUGGAUGUUCAGCCUUUGACGUGUUCUGCAUGCAGUUAAGACUUCCAGCAUGUGGGAUGUCCCAUAAUGGUUCCCUUUGCAUUGUUCUCUCCUUCAAAAUGAACUAAAGCUCAGCAAGUCCCUCAGUUGUGGUUUGAUUGAAAGGCAAUCAAUUGAAAAAAAGACUUUUGUUAUAGAAAAUAAACAAAUGUGUCAUC